CACACAUUCAUUUCUUUCAAGAAAGCUUACAGGCUGGUCCUUUCAAUAUAUCUGAAGCUGCAAUGUUGGGUAAGACAACCACACCAAGCAAAAAGAUUGCUAAAACAGCUGGUUCUAGCGGUGGAUCAGGUUCAAAGAAGAAGCAACAAUCGUUGAUGUCUUUCUUUAAACCUGCUUCCAAACCAUCGAAUGAUUUAGCUAAGGAGAAUAAGAAAGUCGAAAUAAAUAAUGAGAAGUCCAAUAUUCCACCCUCGUCAUCGCCUUUGAAGGCAAAGAGUAAUGCGACUAGUUACAAGGAUGGUAGUGAUAAGGAAAACGAUGACAGUAUGAUGGACGCGGAUGAAACCAAAUUCACUGAUACUCCGUUGACUUCGGAGUCGGAUGCUAAUGUCACCUUGGAAGAGACAAAGAAACCCAGCAUGCCUCAUUCGUCGCCUAUUGAUAGAUCAAAGAAAUCAAAUGAUAAACCAUCACAAUCAAGUCCAUUGUCUAAACGUCGCUCUGCCGCCAAAAAGGUAAGCUAUGCUGAGUCCGACUCAGAGGAGGAGGAUAUAUCGGUCGCCAAAAAGAGUUCCAAAAAGAGAAAAAGAGUGGUUGAUAGUGAUAGUGAAGCCGAAGACGAUUUCAAGCCAGCAGAUGAUGGCGAGGAUGAUGAUGAUAUGAGUGAUUUUGUAGUUGAUGAUAAUGAUGAUAUGUCGGUUGAUGAUGCUGAAGCUGACGAAGAAGACUAUGAUGACAAACCGAAAAAAUCUAAUAAAAAGGCCAAAAAAUCAUCUCCACCCCCACCUAAAUCAACUUCUAGCGGAUCGUCUGAUAAUUUGGCAAAUAAGUUUAAAGCUAACUCGUCCUAUACUUCUAAUAAAAGCUUCGUUAAGGUUCCAAACAAGAGACCGAGCCCCACAGUAGGUCCUUUCUCGGGAAAACCUAAUCACAAUUCAUUCCAAAAAGAAAAUGAAGAAAGGUAUCAAUGGCUAGUCGAUAUCAAAGAUUCUGAAAAGAGACCAAUUACUCAUCCAGAGUACGAUUCAAGAACUUUGUUCAUUCCAUCAUCUGCUUGGACAAAGUUUACCCCUUUCGAAAAACAAUAUUGGGAGAUUAAGUCAACUAUGUGGGAUACCGUUGUUUUUUUCAAAAAGGGUAAAUUUUAUGAAUUGUACGAAAAUGAUGCAAUGAUUGCAAAUACAGAAUUCGAUUUAAAGAUCGCCGGUGGUGGAAGAGCAAAUAUGAAGUUAGCGGGUAUUCCUGAAAUGUCUUUCGAAUAUUGGGCAAAAGAAUUUAUCAGUCACGGUUAUAAAGUUGCAAAAGUGGAUCAAAAAGAAACACUUUUAGCCAAAGAAAUGAGAGGUGGUUCUACAAAAGAAGAGAAAAUUAUUAAAAGAGAAUUAACCGCCGUUUUAACCGGUGGUACUUUGACUGAUUUAGAUAUGAUAAGUGACGAUAUGGCUAUAUAUUGUUUAUCAAUAAAGGAAGAAUCAUUGGACGAUGGCUCUAAAACAUUCGGGGUAGCUUUUGUUGAUACUGCUACUUCUGAAAUGAAUUUCAUUGAAUUACACGAUGACCAAGAAUGUACUAAAUUAGACACUUUGAUUACUCAAGUUAAACCAAAGGAAAUCUUGUGUGAAAAGAAUAAUUUAUGUUCAACUGCAGUUAAAAUUUUGAAGUACAGUUCUCAUAGCUCAAAUCAAAUUUGGAAUAAUUUAAACCCUUAUUCUGAAUUUUGGGAUUAUGAUUCAACUUUAGAGAAUUUAGUUGAAAAUAAUUAUUACGAUGUUGGUGAUGAUUUCACCAAAUAUCCUAAACUCUUAACCAAAUUGAAAGACUCUCAUAAAAUUGCAUUUAACGCCUUUGGUGGUUUACUUUAUUAUUUAAAAUCUUUGAAAUUGGAUGAAAGUGUUAUGACUUUAGCAAAUUUCAACGAAUAUGAUAUUUCCAAAGGUUCAUCAGGUCAUAUGCUUCUUGAUGGUAUCACUUUAAAUAAUCUUGAAAUUUUGAAUAAUUCAUUCGAUGGAGGUGAUCAAGGAACCUUAUUUAAGUUACUUAAUAGAUCCAUCACCCCAUUUGGUAAAAGAGUCUUAAAACAUUGGAUAUUACAUCCUUUGAUGAAUGUCAAUGAAAUUAACGAAAGAUAUAACUCGAUUGAAUAUUUAAUGAAUGAAAACCCCGAGUUCAGAGUAUCUUUAGAAUGCAUGCUUACGGGGCUUCCUGAUUUAGAAAGAUUAUUAGCAAGAGUUCAUAGCAAAACUUUAAGAUUUAAAGAUUUUGUGAAAGUUGUUGAAAGCUUUGAAAAAAUCGCUAAAUCAAUCAAAGAAUUGCAAUCAUUUUCAAUUGAAAAUUCUGGUUUAAUUGAGAAAGCUGUUAAAAGCUUUCCUCCUGAAAUGAUUAAAUUAAUUGCUGAUUGGGAAGAUUCUUUCGAUAGACAAGAAGCAACGAAUGAUAUCGUUGUUCCUGCUGCUGGUGUUGAUGAAGAAUUUGAUGAUUCCAGUGCCAAAAUGUCAAAUCUAGAGAAUCAAUUAAAUGAAUAUUUAAAAGAGUAUAAGAAAACCUUUAAAUCACACGAGAUUUGUUUCAAAGACUCUGGUAAAGAAAUAUUUUUGAUUGAGAUUCCAACUAAAAUUAAAAACAUACCUAAAGAUUGGCAACAAAUGGGUUCAACAUCUAAGGUUAAAAGAUAUUGGUCACCAGAGGUGAGAGUUUUAGUUAGAGAAUUACUUGAACAAAAAGAAUUACACAAGAUGAUUUGUGAAAAUUUAAGAUUUAAAAUGUAUGAAAGAUUCGAUGCUAAUUACCAAGUUUGGAUGUCAUCUAUUAAAUCUUUGGCAACCAUUGAUUGUAUUGUUGCUUUAACCAAAACUUCGGAAACUAUGGGUUACCCUUCAUGUAGACCAGAAUUCAUUUCAUCUGAUCAUGGUUUUAUUGAAUUCAAAGAAUUGAGACAUCCUUGUUUUUUUGGUAACAAAGAAUUUAUCCCUAAUGAUGUUUGUCUUGGAGGGGAGAAGCCAAACUUUGGAUUAUUGACUGGUGCUAAUGCUGCUGGUAAAUCUACCAUGAUGAGAACAACCUCCUUAGCAGUUAUUCUAAGUCAAAUUGGUUGCUAUAUCCCAGCAUCACUGGCAAAAUUAAACCCGAUUGAUAAAAUAAUGACAAGACUAGGUGCUAAUGAUAAUAUCAUGCAAGGUAAGUCAACGUUUUUCGUUGAAUUAUCAGAAACCAAAAAGAUUUUAACCAAUGCCACUGCUAAUUCACUUGUUAUUUUAGAUGAAUUGGGAAGAGGUGGAUCUUCAAGUGAUGGUUACGCUAUUGCUGAAGCUGUUUUGCAUCAAUUAUCUACUCACGUUCAGCCAUUAGGUUUUUUCGCAACCCAUUAUGGAUCAUUAGGUUUAUCUUUUACAAACCAUCCACAAAUUAAACCAUUGAGAAUGGGGAUUCUCGCUGAUAGUAAUUCUCGUAAUAUUACUUUCUUAUAUAAAUUAGAAGAAGGUUCUGCUCCUGGUUCAUUUGGUAUGAGUGUUGCAUCAAUGUGUGGUAUUUCAAGUGAUAUUGUGGAUAAUGCUGAAGUUGCUGCUAAGAAAUACGAACAGACUUCGAAACUUAAACAAGAUCACGAUAGGAAUCAAACCAAUAAUUUGAGUUUGGGUCUACAAAGUGACUUUAGCUGUUUAGCUAAAAACUACGAAUCGGUGUCUAAGGACAUCUUGAGAUAUAAUGAGGAAAUCAAACAAAGUGCAUUGAAGAACAUCUUCUCAAUGAUUGAAAACCUUUAAUUAAUAUUUCCUUACUUACCGACCUUUCAAUUGUAUAUUCCGUG